AAAACAGAUCCAGUAGAAAAUUUGACAAAGAAAGUAAUUUGGCGUUGUUUGGUUAUCGCGUCUGCGUCUCCAGAUCCCAUAAUCGAUUCAGGAAUGGAAAUGGAGGAACGCUCAUUUGUUAUCCCUCAAGAACAACAGCAGAUGGAAGAUGGAGGUGGAAGUUCGAGGUACACUAUUGAUGAAGCUCUUGUAUCCAUGGGUUUUGGGAAUUUCCAAAUUCUUGUGCUUGCUUAUGCUGGGAUGGGAUGGGCUUCAGAAGCUAUGGAAAUGAUGUUACUCUCUUUUAUUGGACCUGCAGUUCAGUCUGCGUGGAGCCUUUCUCCUCAUCAAGAGUCUUUGAUCACCAGUGUGGUUUUUGCAGGCAUGUUAGUUGGGGCCUAUUCAUGGGGCAUAGUUUCUGAUAAAUACGGACGAAGGAAAGGUUUCUUCAUUACAGCAACACUCACUUCUGUUGCUGGAUUUCUAAGUGCUUUUGCCCCAAAUUAUAUCUCUUUGUUAAUUCUUCGCUGUCUAGUUGGCGUUGGGUUGGGAGGUGGUCCUGUACUUGCUUCCUGGUUCUUGGAAUUCAUUCCUGCUCCUGAAAGAGGCACUUGGAUGGUUGUUUUUUCAACAUUCUGGACCUUUGGGACAAUCCUUGAGGCUUCAUUAGCAUGGAAGGUCAUGCCAAGCUUAGGUUGGAGGUGGCUUCUCGCAUUUUCUUCUUUUCCUUCAUUUCUUCUACUGAUCUUCUACCAAUAUACUCCAGAGUCCCCACGAUAUCUCUGUUUACAAGGCAGAACAAGUGAUGCAGCUAUUAUUUUAGAGAAAAUAGCACGGCGUAAUAGAACAAAUCUCCCUCCUGGCGUUCUUGUUUCUGGUCACUCGUAUGAAUUUGAGGAGCAAAAUAUUCCCGUGGAAGAUGUACAUCUGCUUUCGCCAAGACAAACUAAAGUUGAAACUCCUCGAGCAACAAAAUCUAAUAUAGUGAGUCUCUCUCCAUUGUUAAAGCUUCUUUCUCGAGAACUGAUUGUGUCUACAUUGCUGUUGUGGGUGGUUUUCUUUGGAAAUGCAUUCUCUUAUUAUGGCCUCGUGUUGCUGACCACCGAGUUGACUGGGAAGAGUAGAUGUACGACUACUGAUAUGCAUCUAAAUGAACAUGAUGAUGUCAACUACAGAGAUGUCUUUAUCUCUAGUUUCGCAGAGUUACCUGGUCUCGCAUUGUCAGCUGUCAUUGUUGACAAAUUAGGGCGUAAGUUAUCGAUGUCUGCAAUGUUCUUCCUGGCUGCUACAUUUCUAUUUCCCUUGGCAUUUUAUCGGGUUGAUGGCUUAACAACUAGCCUUUUGUUUGGAGCUCGCAUAUGCAUCACAUCUACAUUCACAGUUGUCUACAUAUAUGCUCCCGAGAUAUAUCCGACCUCAAUCCGAACAACCGGUGUCGGGAUUGCUAGCUCCGUUGGAAGAAUUGGAGGAAUGGUAUGCCCUCUCGUGGCAGUAGCUUUGGUUAAAGGAUGCCAUCAAACAGCGGCCAUUAUUUUGUUUGAGAUUGUAAUUCUUCUGUCAGGGAUCUGUGUUGUGCUCUUCCCAUUCGAAACCAAGGGACUACAUCUUCCUGAAAAUGUAGCUGAGACUUAGAAUACAUAUUGAUCACAUUGUUCCAAUUGGCUCGAUCUUGAUCUCGAUCUGGCCUCCAUUUCCUUUAUUCAAUAUCUGCUACAAUAGAUAUUAUUGAAGAGACCGUACCUCUGGUAUC